AUGAAGUUACCGAAAUUGAAUGAUCUUGAAAUACCAAGAUGUGUACGUGAGGACUUUGCAGAAGAUUCCAGAUUUUCCAUCCAUGUUUUUUGUGACGCAAGUCAGAGUGCCUACGCUACAUGUAUCUUCUUGAGAGCUGAAUCUGCUGAUAGCACGUCGUGCCAGUUAAUACAAGCUAGAAAUAGAGUUGCUCCUUUGAAAAAGAUCUCUAUUACACGCCUAGAACUUUUGUCCUGCACUAUUGGAGCUAGAUUGGCAAAAGCAACCAUAUCCGAACUUGGACUUGAGAACAUACCAAUCUUCUACUGGUCUGACUCUAUGAAUGCUUUGCAUUGGAUCAAAAGAAAUGAGAAUUGA